AUGCGGAAUAACUUCACAGGCGUGCACUGCUGUUUUGUAUUAAUAUUGUCACGCAAAUGAAUGUCGAAAUGAGCUGGCAACCCCGAGGUUCAAAUAUCAUAAUAUUCAACCCUCUCGCAGUACUGCCUGAGCAAUCGUUCGGUCAACAUCCAUAAGGAUAUUGAUUUCGUCAUUGAAAGCGUUGCCAGUUAUUUUGUUCCCGAAAGAUCGCCGGCGUUUUAUCUGUUUGUUUUUUGGUAUUAAUUUGAAAUUAUUUGCUACUAUUUAUUUAAGAUAUUACUACGUGUGUGUGUGUGUGUGUGUUUAUAUUGAUAAUAUUGAUAUGGCACCUAAAAAACUUGGACGGGGUCGUGUUUUACACAGCCAAAGCUGUGAAAUUGUGAACAAUAUUAUUCAGUUCAUGAAAAAAGAGGCUGAAGAAGGGAUUAGCAUUCCUUUGACAAAUUACAGGGAUAGAGUAUUGGCUGCUACUGGGGUAUCAAAGAAUACCUACCAGAGAAUUUGCAAAGAAUCUAAGAAAAAGGAUUUACAAGGACCAAGUACCUCUUUUCAAAGCCCCAAAAAAGGAAAAAUAUGAAGAAAUGGAAAUUGGAUUCUUUCACACCUCACCAGAUUAAAAGUAUUAGAGAAAUAAUCUACAAUUUUUACAUGAUGGAAAAAAAAUUACCGACAUUAAAGGGUAUUAGACAAAAGAUCCUCGAUCGAGGUGUAUUAUCAGAAGACGUGGCUGAAUUAAGCAUAAGCACCCUGAGCCGACUUUUGAAAAAAAUUGGAUUUAAGUGGCAAAAAAUGCAAGAUAAACGAAAAGUUUUAUGCGAAUCCUAUGACAUACGCGCUAAGCGUAUAAAAUUCUUAAAAAAAAUUAUUGAGUUUCGUAAAGAAGGCCGCAACAUCGUCUACACUGACGAAACCUAUAUUCAUAGCAGCCAUGUAAAGGAUAAAGGGUGGUAUGAUGGUAGCGACAAAAAUCUGAAAAAACCAAUUUCCAAAGGACAACGCCUGAUAAUCGUUCACGCUGGAGGCGAAAAAGGUUUUGUCCAAAAUGGAUUACUUAUCUUUAAAUCAGGAACGAAAACUGGUGACUAUCACAACGAAAUGAAUUCAAAAAAUUUUAUGAUAUGGGUCGAGAGACAACUAUUACCAAACUUACCCGAGAGGUCUGUUUUAGUUGUAGAUAAUGCAUCGUACCAUAACGUGCCUAUAAAAAAAAAUAUUACGACGGCUACUAGGAAAGCGGAAAUGAUUAAUUGGUUGGAAACAAACGGAAUUCCAGCAGACCCAAAAUUAACCAAACCAGAGUUAUAUAAAAUUAUUUCUGAAAAUAAAUUUCGUUUUCCCAUAAAAUAUAGGUUAGAUGAGCUUUUAGAAAAAGAUGGUCAUUGUGUGCUCCGUUUACCUCCGUAUCAUCCCGAACUAAACCCCAUUGAAAAAAUAUGGGCUUUGGUAAAGAAUUGGGUUGCAGCGCGGAAUACCACGUUUAGAUUGCCUGAUACUGAGGCGCUGGCCAGACAAAAAUUUGAGGAGGUGACCGAACAAGAGUGGUUCAAUAUUUGCCAACAUGUAAGAAAGUAUGAGAAUGAACUCAUAGAAAAAGAACACCUUUUAGAUGAAGCAGUGGAAAAUUUAGUGUUCACUGUUAAUACAGGCUCAUCUGAGGAGAGUGAAGAGGGUUGGGAUGACGAUGAGGCGGCAUCAGAGGAUGAACUAGGGUGUUCAAUCCUUGAAUCGGACAGCUCUGAACAAAAUGACGAUGUGAUGUAAAUAGGAAAUUAACAAAAAAAAAAAUAAUUUAAAUCUGGUGUGCUACAAGGUAUGUAAUUAUACAACAGUAAACAGAUUUUUCUUAUUAUAACGAUUUUAUACUUGAAUUCAUCUGAAGAUUUGUUUUUUUUUCUCCUAAAUUUUAUCGAAAAAUUCUCGAAAAACAUUGUAAUACGGUGUUUUUAUAAAAUUUCUAUUCAUUUUUUGUGAUUUCUUUUACUCCACGGUCCCGUAUGUUUGUUGGGGUAAGAAAAACUUAAAAACACAUCUUUUCAUUACACCGCUGGCAAUCCUGUAAUGCUUAUAGACCUACAGUUUUUCAUAAAUUUUUACCUACCUAAUAAAAACUAUAAUAAGAAAAAUCCACAUACCUACUGCAUAUUUACCAACUACAAAUUCAUAUAAAUAAUACUAAUAACAAAUGCCAUGCAAAAUUUAAGAAAUUAUUGGAAUCUGCCUGAAUGUUAUAAAAAUAUAACAAUUAAAUCUCACCAGCAUGUAUUUAUAAAAUCAACUACACCACUGGAAUACCCCGAAUAAACCCCGUUCUCUUGCUUGAUGUGCGACAUACGUCUCGCUGCAGCGCUGACGUAGGCUGUGACGUAGGUGUACCAAACUAGGUUGAUUCUUACUUUAUCCACUAUAGUAACAUACACACG